GACUACCAUACUAGGACCUAUAUAAGACCAUUUCCGCAUGGUACAAGACUGAAAUGCAUAGCGACGGUUCUUCCCGUGAGGCUUACGGGGACUCUAUCACUAGCAGAACGAAUGAAGAUGAUCCGCUGUUGGGUGCUCCAGUUGAAAGAGUCAAUCCUCUUGGUCAUGAAGUCGGCUUACUCUCCUGCACAAUGCUCAACCUUGGAGAGAUGCUGGGCUCUGGUAUCUUCUCAGUCCCUGGAGUCAUCUUGAAUUCCGUAGGAUCCGUUGGAAUGUUCCUUCUAGCUUGGGUUCUCGCUCCGGUCUUUAUAUUUGCUGGCCUGUCUCUGUUCACUGAGUUGGGGAGCAUGUUUCCAAACAGAUCUGGAGCAGAGGUCGUUUAUCUGGAACAAGCGUAUCCACGUCCCAGGUCUCUUGUCCCUGUAUCAUUUGCAGUGACAACCGUUCUAUUAUCAUUCAGCGCGACGAAUGCUAUAGUAUUCGCUCAGUAUUUCAUGGCUUUUUUCGAGAUCUCCCCUACCCCGACAAAGCAAACUCUGCUCGCACUUGCAAUGGUCACUUUCGCUUUAUCUGUACCCGCUGUCUCAACGAAAUGGUCAUUGCUCGUAGUGAAUACGAUAACGACGGUGAAAGUACUGUCACAAUUGAUCCUUAUCUCAGCCGGGAUAGUCGUCCUAGCAGGUCUGACAAAAUUAAAAGAUCCUUGGUCGAAUUUCUCCGAUCCGUGGGCAGGAACGACUUUCAACGGGAACGCCCUCGCCACAGCCUUCGUCAAAACGCAUUACGCUUUCGUAGGCUGGAAUAAUGCAUUCAACGUCCUUGCAGAAGUUAAGGGUCAGGAUCCAGUCCAGACGGUGCGGAACUCAGGUCGGAUUGCCCUUGGGCUUGUCUCCCUACUAUUCUUGCUAUCGAAUAUUGCGUAUAUUGCUGCGAUACCGAAAGAAGAUAUUCAACGCUCUGGACAGCUCGUUGGAGCUCUUUUUUUCCAGAGGGUGUUUGGCGAGACGUGGGCGGCGAAGAUGUUGCCGUUCAUGGUGAUGUUCGCCUCGGUGGGCAAUGUCAUUGCAGUUGCUAUUGGGAAAGCACGAAUCAUCCGAGAAAUCGCUCGUCAAGGCCUCCUACCCUGGCCAGAAUUUUUCGCCUCUACCAAGCCAUUUGGCACGCCACUCGGACCCAUCUUGAUGAAAUACCUCUUGACGGUCUUCGUCAUCCUUAUAGUUCCCGCUGCAGACGCAUUCAGCUUUCUGCUUGACUUGUUCUCUUAUCCACACUUGUUCUUCUCAGCUGCAACCGCGGUCGGUGUAUGGAUUCUACGAAGACGACGGACGUCGAUAACUUCAAAAGAAAUCUUUGCUAAGUACAGGGCGUCGAACACAUCAAUUUCAUUGUACCUCGUUAGCUGUGUUUUCCUUAUUGUUAUGCCAUGGAUCCCACCUGAGAAGGGGCACGCCGACGUAUCGUUUUGGUACGCAACCUAUUGCGUCGUUGGAAUUCUCAUACUACUAGCUUGUGGAGUAUAUUACUACUUCUGGAUCGUCCUCCUACCCCGUCUCGGCGGGUACGAAGUCGUAGAAGAGGUCGAAGAACUCGAAGGUGGUGCUCGGCUUGCACGACUCGUGCGUCGAUAUCCCGUUGCGACGAAGCCUCCUCUAUCAAACCAGCGUGAAGAGAGUGCUGUGGAAGGAGAACGGUCGAGUAUAGAGAGUGGUAGUGUGGGUGGGGGUGGACGACAACGACAGAGGUCUAAAGGACAAGUCUUGGAUGAACGGGAACCAUUGUUAUAA